CCGCGGCAGAUGCGGUCAGCGCGCGGCUUCGCGAGCUUCAUGGGAGUCCAACGCAGUGCGCUUUCGAGCUCGCAAAAGUUCAUUCCGCGGUCUCUGUUAAAGUUUUUAUCUCUGUCCGUUGUGAAGACACUUCAUCCCAGGUUGUCAUACCGACAUGCAGGAGUCCAAGACUGAUCAAACAACCAAUAGCAUUCCAGCUGGGCAGGAAGGUCAGAGCUCAGAGAGCGAGAAGAGAAUAACCAGGGAAACGUCUUCAUCACCAUCAUCCCAGAGCCUGCAAACACAACAACUUCAGGCGCUACAAGUUGCUCAACACCACCACCAACAACAACAGCAGAAGCAGAACUGUGAGAAGUCCCCAAAGAGCACAGAAAAAGAGACAGACGCACAGGUACAGGUACCUGUGUCAUUGGGGAUGAUAACUCCUCAGGCCAUCACCCCUCAGCAGAUGCAGCAGAUCCUCCAGCAGCAGAUCCUGAGCCCUCAACAGCUCCAAUUGUUACUGCAGCAACAACAGGCCCUCAUGUUACAGCAGCAACAGCUUCAGGAGUUCUAUAAGAAACAGCAAGAUGAGCUUCACCUCCAGCUCCUGCAGCAACAGCAUGCUGGAAAACCCAGUAAAGAGCAGCAGAUGAUGGCACAGCAGAUGGCUAUACAGCAACAGUUACUCUCCGUUCAACAGCAGCACCUGUUAAACCUGCAGAGACAAGGCCUGCUGUCAGUCCCGCCAGCACUCGCCAGUGCCCUGCCUCAGGGCCUGAUCCCUGCUGAGCUUCAGCAGUUGUGGAAAGAGACGGCAGAUGCACGACAGGAGGAGAAGAGCAGAGGAGAUAAAUCUCCCUCUCCACCCAAAGCCCAGAUCCACAACCACCACUCCAGCACCAACGGACACCACGUUCCCCGACCUAUCCGCAGGGACAGUUCUCAGGAGAGUCAUUCCCAGAGUGCCCAUCCUCUGUACAGCCACGGUGUGUGUAAGUGGCCUGGCUGUGAUGCUGUAUUCGGAGACUUUCAAUCAUUCCUCAAGCAUCUGAAUAGUGAACAUGCACUGGAUGAUAAGAGUACAGCACAGUGCCGAGUUCAGAUGCAGGUGGUUCAACAGCUGGAGCUACAGCUCGCCAAAGACAAGGAACGCCUUCAAGCCAUGAUGGCCCACCUCCACGUCAAAUCUACUGAACCCAAACCAGCUCCUCAACCAGUGAAUCUAGUUUCAAACCUCACUCUUGCCAAGGGAACCGUUCCCAAAACAACUCCCUCUAUGAGCCUUUCCCAAAGUGCCACAGCCCCAUCCACACCCCUUACAUCACUGCCCCAGAGCCCAUCGGUCAUCAUCCCCACCAGCCUCCACAGCAUGGGACCCAUCCGGAAACGCUAUGCUGAUAAAUAUAACAUGGCCAUGGACCAAGACAUAGUGCAGAAUAAAGAGUUUUACCUGAGUGCUGAAGUCAGGCCUCCAUUCACUUAUGCAGCUUUGAUCAGACAGGCCAUUUUGGAGGCUCCAGAAAAGCAGCUCACACUAAACGAAAUCUACAACUGGUUCACGCGAACAUUCGCCUAUUUCAGGCGCAACGCAGCAACGUGGAAGAAUGCAGUUCGUCAUAACCUCAGUCUUCACAAGUGUUUCGUGCGAGUGGAGAACGUGAAGGGGGCCGUUUGGACCGUGGACGAGUUGGAGUUUCAGAAAAGGCGACCUCAGAAGAUCACUGGAUCCCCUCUGGUGAAGAACAUCCAAUCCAGUUUGGGUCACAGUCCUGCCUUAUCUGCCCUACAGGCAGCGAUGGCGGACAGCAGUCUGCCCCUCUAUGGCUCUGCGUCUAUGGGAGGAUCCGGUCUGAAGGCCCUGGCCAACAUGCAUGAGGAUAUGAGUUCACACGAGCAUGAUGAGGGCUCUCACAGUGACUCCAGUUCAGAGCUUUCUCCUCUUCCGACACUGCACCAGUCUCAAAUUAAAGAGGAGCACAUGGAGUCCGAGGACUAUAAUGGUUCAAUGUCUCCAGAGACGGAAGACCAGCAAAGUCCAGACACCAAUCACGAUGCAGAAUACCCAGAAGAUCACGACCCAGCCUGUAAGCCAGCUUUCUCCUGAGACCACCGCCGCUGAGGUCCUCGUAGAUCCACAGCCCCUCGUUUGACAUCUGUCCAGCAUACCAACAGACUCUGAACCCACACACACACACACACACAAAUGAAUGCCGCAAACCAUUCCUGUUGGGAACAACUCUUUAUUUAUUAUUUCAUUGUUUCUGUUGUAUGCAAUGGAUCGACUUCACCGGUACUAAAGGGCUCGCCUGUGUUUAUACAUGAGAAAAGUUUGCAAAGGAUGAAGGGAGGGGGGGGCUGUAGGCUACACAUCUCUUGUUUGUAUAUUAAACACUACAGCGCCUGAUUUGAAUCAUCAACUGAGGUAAUUUCAUGCCUACAGAUUUUCAAGCCGUCUGCGGUUAGAUUUGUUUAGCUUUACCGCGAAUUGUCAGACUUCGUGAACGCCAAAUGAAACGCUUCAUUGCAAAUGCAAGGUUGAUCUCGUAGGUUAAGUUGCCAUGUUGGUAACGUGCGUCUUUAAAUUUGGGGCUGCUCAUUGGUAGAAACUGAAUUUAUGAAUGUCUAUCUUUUUUACCUCUGUUUUUCCAGAAAAAACACAAAACCAAAGGGGAACAUUUUAUAACCAGCACUUGAUGAUGAAUGUUUUUUUGAGUUUUUGCUAUAGUUUUGAUUGUUGUACUUUCACUAUUGUGUACAGAAGGUUACUGUAUUUCCAUUAUCCAGAACAUUGACACAGAAAUGAAAUCAAACCUCAUUUUUAACAGUCCUGAUCAUUUAGCUAAACCAAACUUUUCUUUAUUUGCAUUCGAGUAGUUUUUGUCUAGUUUGGUUGCUGUUUUUUUCUGUUGUGUAAAAUUAGCAACAGUUACCAAAGAUUGUUUUUUUUGUACCCUGUUUACAUUGUCCCUUUUGAUCUGGCCAAGACUGAGAAGUCUAUCUAGUGUACUAGAUAAUGUCCUGUAAUUGUAAUCUGACACAUUGCCUGAUAAGGUAAUAAUGCAUAAUCAUUGACUGAAUAAUUUAUGUUGCACACAUCAAAAAGAAAUGGAUGAUAUCUAUUUCAAAUCAACUAUGUCAGUUUGUUCAACACACUUCUGCAUAAAUGGCCUUGUGAUUAAUAAAAUCUUAGUAUAAUAAUGUGAAAACUUGUAUGCUGAAUGUGAUUUCUCUUUGUUUUAUGAUGUUGUGAUGUAUAAAUCUCCACUAAUGUUUGAUUUUAAACACACAGAGCAUUCAAACAUAAGAUUUUAUAAAACACAAAUGAUCUUGUUUUUGUUGAAUUUGUUGUUUUCGUCAAACAUAAUGCAGAUGUACAAAAAACUGAAAUCACAAAUUCAGUAUAUGGUACCAUGACUUUACAUUUUAUUAUAUUUUUCAUUUGUGCAUACACUGAAAAAAUAGCAUAUGGUAAUAAAAAAAUCCUUUUAUCA